CUCGCGCUAGUCGUUGCAGGACGCGGAAAAAUGGCGACCCCUACCAAACGUAAAUUUGAGGAAGCUGAGGCGGGGAGGAGCUGUGGCAACAAUCGCCCCAGUAAAAGGACCUCGAGGGAAAUCCAGCCGCAAGCGGGCGACCGACGAGACGCAAAUUCACUGUUCGUCGAGGGCGCUAUCGUGAGGGUUUCCAUGGAGAACUUCCUAACCUAUGAUAACUGUGAGGUGCGUCCAGGCCCUCAUCUAAACAUGAUAGUGGGAGCAAAUGGAACAGGUAAAUCAAGCAUUGUAUGUGCGAUAUGCCUUGGAUUGGCAGGAAAACCUUCCUUUAUAGGACGAGCUGACAAGGUUGGUCAUUAUGUGAAGCGGGGUUGCAAGAAAGGAACAGUUGAAAUUGAGGUAUAUAAGAAGCCAAAAAAUGUUACUAUCACACGAGAAAUUUCUGUAACAAACAAUCAAUCAACUUGGUUUAUUGAUAAAAACCCCUGCACUCUCAAAAUGGUAGAGGAACAAGUCUUGGCCUUAAAUAUUCAAGUGGGCAAUCUGUGCCAGUUUCUUCCACAGGAUAAAGUUGGAGAAUUUGCAAAAUUGUCCAAAAUUGAGUUGCUUGAAGCUACAGAAAAAUCAAUUGGUCCACCAGGGAUGUACAAAUUCCACUGUGAUCUCAAAAACUUCAGACAGAGGGAGCGAGAACUUGAAAAUUCCUGCAUGGAAAAAAAUAGCAACCUAGAGAAAAUGAAGCAAAAGAAUGAAAGAUAUAAGCAAGAUGUGGAGCGAUAUCAUGAACGUCAGCGCCAUCUAGAUUCAAUUGCAAUCCUUGAGAAAAAAAGGCCAUGGGUGAUAUAUGAAGAAGCACGUAAGGAGUAUGAAGAGGUAAAAAAAAGCCGAGAUAGUCGGAAAGAAGAAUUAAGAGUAUUGAAACAGACACAGGCUCCUUUGACUCAUCAGAUCAGAGAAGCCGAGAAGCAAUGUGCAAGCCUGGAAGACAAAAUCAAGGAAAAGAUUGCAGCUAUCAAAGAAGCAUCUCAGAAAUGUAAACAGCAACAGGAUGCUUUGGAUAAAAAAGACAAGCAAAUUGAUGACAUCAAUCUAGAUUUAAAGAUGAAAAGAGAGGCAGAAAUGGAUCGGCAGAAGAGAAUACAUAACACUCAUAAAAUGAUAGAAGACUGGACCAAUGAGCUUAAAAACACAGAUAAUGUUGAGGACAUUCAGCCUCUAAUAAAUGCUCUUAAUGCUGACCUUAGGCAGUUGGAGGAAGAGAAGGCAAAUAUUGAUGGUGAAUUAAAUGAUCAGCUCAGAGAAAAGGAGAACUUGCUAAAGGAAAGAAAAGGUAUAACAGACCGCAUUGCUCAGUUUGAAAAUCUGAUGAAUAUGAAGGAAGAGAAGCUUAAAGGGAGAUUCCAAGACACACACAGUGCUCUUAUGUGGCUAAGACAGAACAGAGACCGAUUUAAAAGAAGUGUCUGUGACCCUGUGUUGCUUUCAAUCAGUAUGAAAGAUAAUAAACAUGCUAAAUAUAUAGAAAAUCACAUUUCUCUUAAUGAUAUGAAGGCCUUUGUCUUUGAAAUGAAGGAAGAUAUGGAAAUGUUUUUAAAAGAGAUGCGUGAUAAUCACAAACUAAAAGUGAAUGCUGUAUGUGCACCUAGUGAAUCACAUGCUGAAAAAAGACCUUCAAAACCAAUUGAAGAACUGUACCGGUAUGGAUGUUUCUCUUACUUACGAGAGUUAUUUGAUGCUCCCCACCCUGUGAUAAGUUACCUAUGUCGUCAAUAUCAUAUUCAUGAGGUCCCUGUAGGAACAGAGAAGACUAAGAAUAUGAUUGAAAGGGUGAUAAAGGAAACAAAACUUAGACACAUCUACACAGCAGAAGAAAAGUACGUAGUAAAAAUAUCCAGUUACACAGGUCAAGCUGUUUCCACUAACACAUCAUUAAGGCCAGCACAGUUUCUUACUGUUACAGUGGAUGCCGAUAAAAGAAGACAGUUAGAAGAUAAAAAAAGCGAAAUUAACAGGCAAUUGCAAUCAUUGGUUUCUCAAAUGGCAUUACUCUCUGAAAAGCAGAAAUGCCUGGAAUGCAGAGACAAUCAACUCCGUCAACAGAAAAAGGAACUCGUGGAACGGAAAGACAAAAGGAAGCAAUUAGAAUCAAAAAUUAGUGUGAAAUAUGAUAGUCUAAGACAGAUGGAACAAGAUGCCAUCAAUCUGGAAGAAGAAUCUGAGCAAGCAAAUGCUAAAAUAGUAAAACUUAACACCCAGAAAGUAAAACUUGUAACUGAUUUUAUGCAGCUAAUAAAGACUUGUAUGACCCUUAAUGAAGACAAAACAAAUUUGGUCCUACAGAACACAACAGCUGCUUUUCAGAAGAACAGGCUUGAUGCUGAAUAUAAAGCUGCAACCGUACAACUACGAGCUGUAGAUCAACAAGUUUUCGAACUGGAAGAAAAGAAGCGUUUUCUUUUGGAGAAGUGUAAAGGUUUACUGAGAACUGCUAAACAAGUUUGUAAUCUUGGUCCAGGUCAAAACCUUCCAGAAGAUGUCUGUGGGGCAUUCCUGAACCUUCCAAAUACAGUAGAUGAAAUUGAUGCUCUACUGAAUGAGAAGAAAACAAGAGCUUCAUGUUUCACAGGCCUCAAUGCUUCAGUUGUUGAAGAAUAUAAUAAAAGAGUAAAAGAAAUAGCACAGAUGACAGUAGAACUGGAGGAAAAGAAAAAGGAACUGGACAGCUAUAGGCAAAAUAUUUCAGAGGUUAAGGAAAGGUGGCUGAACCCUUUGAAACAGAUGAUUGACCAAAUAAAUGAAAAGUUCAGCAGCUUUUUUAGAUCUAUGCAAUGUGCAGGGGAGAUAGAUCUUCAUACAGAAAAUGAGGAAGAAUAUGACAAGUAUGGGAUCCGGAUUAGAGUCAAAUUCCGUUGCAGCACCGAACUUCAUGAACUGACUCCAUACCAUCAGAGUGGAGGGGAGAGAAGUGUUUCAACAAUUCUGUAUUUAAUGGCUUUGCAAGAACUCAUCAGAUGCCCUUUCAGAGUAGUAGAUGAAAUAAAUCAGGGAAUGGAUCCAGUUAAUGAAAGGAGAGUCUUUGAUGUGGUAGUAGAAACUGCCUGCAAAAAGAGCACCUCACAAUACUUCUUUAUUACACCGAAGCUGUUGCAGAACCUCAGUUAUGGGGAAAAAAUGACCGUAUUAUUGGUCUACAAUGGAUCAUCUAUGCUAGAAUCAAGCAAGUGGAACUUAAAAGCUUUCUGUAAAAGGAGGCGGAGAUUUCAACAGUGACUCAGCAAUAAAUAUAUUUUCCUUUUUGAAAUUGAAACGAAAAGGAAUUAGAGAAAGUCAAGAAUGAAUUUAUUUCAUAAAAGCACAAUUAUUCUUUUGUAAAAGCCAUUGAUAGGCAAUGUUUUAGAAGACUAAAAUAUUAACUUUUUCUUUUAUGCUCGUUUUUCUCUGAAGAACCGUAGAUACCAAUUUGGGGGAUAAUUUGAAAGGAUAUAUUUUAUUGUCAGUGAUCAGUUGUUUUAGAUGAAUUUGAGAAGGAAAUGUUCUUCCAGUUGUUCACAACUUGGAAUUUUUGAUAUAAUUACGUUUGUUUUAAUAUAUCUUACAAAUGUUAUAAUAUAGCUUUGGUAAAUUGGUAAAUUGGUAAGGGUUUCACCAAAUCUGUUCAGCAAGGAAGUUCAACAGUUAUCACUGUUCCCAGUUGUGAACUCAAAAGAGACUAUCAGCUGUUUAAAUAUCUGUUCUGCAUAACUGUGGGAUACUGGACUAUGAAAGUAGUCUUUCCAAUUGCUGCUAAAUGAUUAUCUUAAUUGUGUUCUGGCAGACUGAAAUAAUUUCAGGCAUUUCUGAAAUACAUAAAAUAUGCAGUGUCUUUUUAUCUUAAUCUUAGAAGCAACCACUUGCUUGACUGGUAAUUUUAUACAAAAUACCGUUCUUACAGCAUGGGACAUACUUAAAUUUUGUUCCAUAUUUUUGUCUUUUUCAUAGAGAAAAAUGCCAAAUCUCUUUUUAUAUAAUAAAUAUAUAUUGGAAGUAA